GAACGUGUUAACAAUAAGAAAUAAUACAUCCAAAUAAUUUGGAAAAAUGGUACGCGUUCUAGUGCGUCUACUUAUUAGUGCUGUUGGUAUUGUAAUGGCUGUAUUAGCUUUUUUUGUCUUGUUCAUUAUUUAUGGCAAUCGUGAUGUCGGAUUUUGGUCAAUAUUAACAGGUGCCUUAGCCGGAGUCUGUUUUCAUUUACAUUGGGUAAAAGGCAAAGAAACUUUGGAAAGAUGGCAUACUGGAGUUACAUUACGAAAUUUAAAUAUUGUGGGCUUUGUAAGUGCUGUGACUAGCAUUACUGCACUGAUUUGGUACCUGUUUCUUACGUUUUAUUAUCAAAUUCCCAUUCAGCCAAUUUCUGAAAGCACUGUAAUAACAGCAGUAUGGUCCAUGAUCUGUGGAAAAUGGGGUAUUACUUUAAUGUAUUACUCAAACAAAUAUGAAUUAUUGGUCCAAGAAGGAGCAUCACCUAUACUUACAGAUAAUGCCUGAAAUAUGAUAUUAUAAUUUAU